UCGCAAACAUGGACCAUGAUGGCGGAGGAGGUGGUGGAGGAGGUGGUGGAGAAGGAAUAGGUGGAGGAAUAGGUGGAGGAGGAAUAGGUGGAGGAGGAACAGGUGGAGGAGGAGGUGGUGGUUGAAGAGCGCAGUUUGAACGAGUGGGAAGCCAUCAUGUGGUGACGGUCUCGGCCUCGUCGCCCACCCUGCUCGGCCGAGGCACCGCGUGCGGCAUCAGCGACAAGAAGGUGUCGAGGAAGCAGGCAUCCGCUGUCCUGGAUGCCACAUCAGGCAAGGUCACCGUCACCAUCCUUGGUCUCAAUCCCUCAGCUCUGGCUCUCGCCGGUUCCGAAGACUACAAGCUGCUCUCCAGGAAUGGCUCGUACGUCAUGAACGAUGGCGACUCGCUCCGCCUACUCCCGGCAGAGCACGGCGACUAUGUCUUCAAGCUCGUGGUCCAGGAGAUCAAGCCCGCUGCUGCUGCGGCUGCUGCCAUUGCCACCACCACCACAGCUACGACCGCAUCGACGACCACUUCCACUGCUUCCGCUGCUUCGAUCGCGCCAGUAGAGGCCCCAGCCGCGCCCACACCCGCAUCGCGGUUCGACGCCUUUCUGCAGCAGAUGGAGGCCGAGGAGAAAGAGGCAGGCGGGGCGGGAGAGAGCGGAGGUGCCGGUGGAGAGGGAGAGGCCGAGGCAGAGCCUGGUAUCGAUGUGCUGUUCUCGUUUGACACCACAGGCUCGAUGUACGAGUGCUUGGAUCUGAUCCGGGCCAAGGUUGACGAGGUCAUUACCAAGGUGGCAUCAGACAUGGACGUGCGGGUGGCGAUCAUUGCCCACGGCGACUUUUACGACAUUGGCAAGACUUACCUCAUCAAGUCGCUCGACUUUACCUCUGAGCUCGACAAGAUCAAGAACUUUCUGGCGGGCAUCGAGCAGACGCACGGCGGCGAUGGGCCCGAGGCGUACGAGCUUGUCCUCCGCGAGGCGCAGCAGUUUUCAUGGGCGCAGACCGGUCCAAGGCGCUGGUGCUCAUCGGCGACGACGUGCCGCACGAGCCGUCGUACACCGACCAGAACAUCCGCUGGCGCGACGAGCUCGAGAAGCUCAUGGAGGCCGACAUCAAGAUCUACGCCGUUCAGGCCAACCACAACAAGAAGGCUGCGCCGUUCUACGAGGAGCUUGCUGAAAAGUCGGGCGGCUUUUUGGUCCACCUCUCGCAGCUCGACUGGAUUGAGCACAUGUUUGUGGCGCUCUGCUACCGCCAGCACUCGCCAGACAAGUUUGAGAACUACCGGCUCGACCUGAUCUGGGAGAACAAGCUGACCCACGCGUCACCGCUCAACACCCUGUUCAUGGAGAUGCAAACGCCGGUCAUUAACCGGCUCGACCCGAGCUACACCGGGCAUCUGACCCAGGGCUGGUGGGCGCCGGACGAGCAUGACCUCGGCACGCCGCGCUACCGCUGGGCGCCGUCGACCCGGACGUGGAAGCGCGAUCCCAAGGGUCGCAAGGGCCCACCGCGCAAGCGCAAGCGCUCGCAGGGCGGAAGUGAUAGUCCGGCGUCGGCGUCGGCGUCGCGGUCGUCGGCACGGAAUAGCUCGCGCGCGCCGGGCGCGUACAACGACUCGUCGGACGAUGAAGACUAUGCCGUGGCGAGCGGCGACGGCGGGGCUGCCGGAGGCCGGCCGGCCAAGCGCGCCAAGAAGGCGCCCGCCCCUGUUCGCAAGGUCACCAGCGUCGACGCCGUCCGCCGGAUGACCAAGAAGGCACAGGUCUCACGCCAGCUCGCGCUCCGUCGGCGCGAUCCGCCGCCGGGCUACCCAGACAAGAUUGUUGUUGGCGGCGGAGCGAACGACACGCUUCAAGCGAUGAAGGACCGGCUGCUGGCAGUCAUGGCGCACGAGACGUCGGUCAAGGACGACGAGUGAGCCAGCAGUAAAUAAGCCCCCCCCCC